GGAGAGCAGCGCGCGUGCGCACGCCGUGGGCCGCGCGCCGGAAGUACGCCCUCCUCCGGGGCCUGCGAAGAGGAAGUGCUGGGGUCCCGGAGAGCGGGGGUUAGUGGCGACUGUGGUCGCCAUGGCUACCGAGCCGGAGGCAGCGGAACCUGCAGUGCCUUCGCUCGUGGAUCGUUACUUCACUCGGUGGUACAAAGCCGAUGUCAAAGGCAAACCUUGUGAGGACCACUGUAUACUACAGCACUCCAACCGAAUAUGUGUCAUCACAUUGGCAGAAUCUCAUCCAGUUCUUCAAAGUGGAAAAACAAUCAAAAGCAUUUCCUAUCAAAUCAGCACCAACUGUAGUAGACUUCAGAACAAGGUCUCUGGCAAAUGUAAGCGGGGGGCACAGUUUCUAACAGAGCUUGCACCUCUGUGUAAGAUUUACUGCUCAGAUGGAGAAGAAUACACCAUAUCUAGCUGUGUUAGAGGACGGUUGAUGGAAGUGAAUGAAAACAUUCUCCAUGAGCCAUCUAUUCUUCAAGAGAAGCCAUCCACUGAAGGCUACAUUGCAGUUGUGUUGCCCAAAUUUGAAGAAAGCAGAAGCAUAACAGAUGGGUUACUGACACAAAAACAGUAUGAAGAAGUCGUGGUGAAGCGCAUUCAUGCCACGACAGCUGCGUCCUGAGGACCGCGAAGUAGGGACACAGCACGGCGUGCGCACGCCUCCCUGGCCCGAGCCAGCAGCUCACGGAACCAGCACAUGUGAAGAUGCUUCACACCCGGUCAUCCACACAUGCCUGAUCUCAAAAUUAACCCACGUUUCUGCCUUUGUCUUGCGUAACAAGCCUCUGUUCCUGCUUUGUCCUCUGUCCUGCCCGUGUACUCACUCUGUUCUCCUUUUGCUUUUAUGUAACAACUGUCAAGCAAGGGAUGUUUUUUUUGUUUUUGUUUUUUGAUUAAAAACAAACAAAAGCACUUUGAGGAAAAUUUGGACAAGACAGCUGCUUGAAGUAGUAGAGUAAAAAUAAUUGGCCCAUCAUCCGAUAACCCAUUGGUAAAUACUACUGCAUUUUGACAUGGUUUUGUUUGAAUGUUAUGGCAUGGUUAUUGUUUUUGCCUGGAUUUUCCCUCAGUUUGAAGUUAAAAAAAAUUGGGCCUUUUUUACUGAAUCUGUUUCUGAGUGACACUACCAAAAAUGCUAGUGCCACCCCUUCAGCCCCAGCUCCCUUUAGGUCAUCGGGGAGAAGCAGAGUGUAGACUAUACGCCCUCUGCCCCUUCCACCACUGGGGUGGCCUGCAACGAAGCUGUGUGUAACACCGAGGCUUCCUAAAUGAGGGAAUGAGGAAAAGGCUUGGGAAGGGCCUUCCUCCCACGGAAGUGAUGUGAUGCAGUGUUGUAGUCGCUCAGCCUCACACUCGAGCGACAGGGUAGCCACCCUAGGAGUUGCUGUAAUCCAAAGACACACAUGCCUUGGAUGGAACAAAAACUUUCACAUCAUCUUAACUAAAAACAAAACUGAUUAAUUUGUGUACUUAUUUACAGUGAAUUUCAAAUAAAAGGACUUUAUAAAUUGUUA